AUUUUAAAAUGAGUGUGUUGUAAAAUAAAAUAGUUUGAAAUGAUGUUACAGUCGGAUAAAUUUGGCGUGAAAAGGGUGAUUUGGCAACCGUAAGUAAAACCAGUGUAGUGUCGAACGCCCUCCUACUUAUAGGCUGGCACACCAGCUCAAAAAGUGGAGUUCGAACGGAGUUCGACAUAACACCCGGAACCCGCAGGUCUGUCCGGAGUUUUACUGCAGUAUCGAGGACUUCAACAUGAAUUUCAGGAUCCGAGCAGCGCGAGAGGAGGACUGCAGAGACAUCCAGAGAAUGAUCAUGGAGUUGGCAGUGUAUGAGAAGAUGGCUGACCAGAUGAAGAUCUCACAUGAAGACCUACAGAGAGACGGAUUCGGUCCAAACCCAUUUUAUCGGUGUCUGAUAGCGGAGGUGCCGAAGGAGCUGAAAUCUGAUGAAUUAUACACCACAGUUGGCUACGUGCUCUAUUUUUACACCUACAGCACAUGGAAAGGGCGGAGUGUCUACAUGGAGGAUCUGUACGUCAUGCCCGAGUUCAGAGGUAAAGGUGUUGGGAAAGCGCUGAUGGCAUCUGUAGCUCGAGUGUGUGUAGAACAGCAGUGUGUGCGACUGCAGUUUUCUGUGUUGGAGUGGAAUAAAGCGUCUCUGGGGUUCUACUUGAAUAAAGGAGCAGAGGAUCUGACGAGGGAGGAGGGAUGGCACCUCAUGCGUUUUCAUGGAGCAGCGCUCGAGAAGCUCUCACAUGAGGCGCCAUGACGACCAACACAGAAACUUAACUGACCAUCACCGCAACCAACACCAUCACCUCAGUCAACUACUAAAAUCUGAAUAUAACGCGCAGUUUUAGUUUAGGAAUUAAACUGGCCUUUUUUGUGAUGGAAGUGGAUUGUUAUUACAUUUAUAUGAUUAUCAUUUUGUUUGUUGUUUUCAUGAAUUAACGAUCACAUACAGUCUCAGAAUAAACUCUAAUACUACACAA